AUGUCCAAGAGAACUGCUUCCGAUGAAGGACUAGAAAACGUCGAUGAUCGAAUUGUCCAUUCUAAGACAGAGGCUGGUGAAGUACCAUCGGCCAAUGCAGUGAAUGCCAAUGAGCAAGAUGUUGAAAUGGGUGAAUUCGAGGACCCUUAUGGUGAUGAUUUCGAGAGUGAUGGCGAAAUCAUCGAAAUUGACGAUGAAGAAGAUAAUGAAGAAGAAUUAGAUGGAAACAUUGAGAACGAUGAGUUUCUGGAAAAGAAGCAACAACAAGCUCAAGAGCUAGUCGAAAAGGAUCAAAAUGCUGAACAAGAGCAAAGUGAACAAUUGUGGUUGCCACAUUUAUCUAAGCCUUUGGGUCCUGAUGAAGUUUUGGAAGCUGAUCCUACAGUCUACGAAAUGUUACAUACAGUUAACGUUCCUUGGCCAUGUAUGACGCUUGACGUUAUUCCAGACACACUAGGAUCCGGCCGCAGAAAUUAUCCACAAUCUCUUUUGAUGGCAACAGCAACACAAGCUUCUAAAAAGAACCAAAACGAAUUGAUGGUUUUGAAGAUGUCCCAAUUGGCUAAAACUUUAGUAAAGGAAGACGAAGAUGAGAACGAAGGUGAAGAUGAGGAUGAGGAUGGCACGGACCCUGUCAUUGAGAAUGAAAACAUUUCCCUUAAGGACACUACCAAUAGAUUGAAAGUGUCUCCUUUUGCCAAUGCAGCUCAAGAGGUAUUGUGUAGCACUAUGUCUGAAAAUGGGGAAGUAUAUAUUUUUGAUCUGGCUUCUCAGGUGAAAGCCUUUGAGACUCCUGGAUACCAAAUCCCAAAGCAAGCCAAAAGACCCAUCCAUACUGUAAGAAAUCAUGGGAGUGUCGAAGGUUACGCUAAUGAUUGGUCUCCAAUUAUAAAAACUGGUGCAAUGCUAUCGGGUGAUUGCUCUGGCCAAGUCUUCUUAACUCAAAGACAUACUUCCAAGUGGAUUACUGAUAAACAAGCCUUUACGGUUGCUAAUAAUAAAUCUAUCGAAGACUUGCAAUGGUCUCGUACAGAAUCGACUGUAUUCGCUUCGUGUGGUAUUGACGGAUAUAUCAGAAUUUGGGACACUCGUUCUAAAAAACACAAGCCAGCCAUUUCGGUUAAGGCGUCAAAUACAGAUGUAAAUGUUAUAAGUUGGAGUGAGAAGAUUGGAUACCUACUUGCUAGUGGUGAUGAUGACGGUACUUGGGGUGUAUGGGAUUUAAGACAGUUUACUCCACAAAAUGCAUCCACUGCCUCCCCAGUGGCACAGUAUCAAUUCCACAAAGGUGCAAUUACUUCAAUUAGUUUCAAUCCACUCGAUGAAUCUAUAAUUGCUGUCGCAUCCGAAGACAACACCGUUACUCUAUGGGAUUUGUCUGUUGAAGCUGAUGAUGAAGAAAUUAAGCAACAAGCUGCUGAAACUAAAGAAUUACAACAAAUUCCUCCCCAAUUGUUAUUCGUACAUUGGCAAAAGGAAGUUAAGGAUGUAAAAUGGCAUAAACAAAUUCCUGGCUGUUUGGUAAGUACAGGAACUGAUGGGUUAAACGUCUGGAAAACCAUCAGUGUGUAA